GAAUAAAAGCAACAUGGUUAUUUUUAGAGCUCUACAGGCAUAAAAAUAUAGCACUAAACUGUGACCUACAGCUGUGCACAGCAAAGCAUCACAUCAUGCGACAGUCUUCACUGUAGCUCGGAGCGCAUCUGUGGUGCUUUAGACGACCAUUCUUCAUUUCAUUACCAAAGAUAUGUCGGAAUGCAUUUAGGACCAGCAUCCAUAGCUGCUGGCAUUUUUUUCAAGUAGAAUGAGCUACAUUCAAAAGGCAGACCAUUAUAUAACUUGUGAAGAUUAAAUAGUUAAGUUAUUUUUGUCAUUUCUUCUAGCUUACUUACAAGGUGAAUUAAUAAGCAUUCUCUCCAAAUGAAGACAUCACGGCCUCAUUCCUAACGUAGAAAGUUAUUUAUUUCAAAUACGAUUUUGGUGGGUAAAUAAGGCAGUGCAUUCCUUCAACAGAGGACACUUUCAGGAGAGCAAGAUAUGUCCGAGUGAAACACAGCUCCGUCACCAAUUUCAGGCAACUCUUUGGCAACAUCACAUCAGCCCAUCAACCUAACAGGCUAAAAAUGCCACUUUUUGGCUGGAUGAAAUGGCCCAGAAACGAUUCCUACAAAUCCAGACACUAUCCUGGCUCAGAUGUAGUGACAAAGACUCUGCUUCGGGAAUUAAAAUGGCACCUAAAGGAGCGAGAGAGAUUAAUACAAGAAAUCGAAAAUGAACAAAAAGUGAAAAAAACAGGUGUGGAUUACAACUGGCUCAGAAACUACCAGAAUCCCCACACAACUAUCCCAGUGACUGAACAAAGACAACUUGAAGUUCUUUGCUCACAAGUUCAACCCUGCCAAACUGGAACUAUUCUCAGCAGAUUUCGAGAAGUUUUGGCAGAAAAUGAUGUACUGCCAUGGGAAAUAGUCUACAUCUUCAAGCAAGUUCUGAAAGACUUCCUAAGCAGCUCUGACAGAGGGAGUGAGCAAGAGGACCUGGAGGACUCAGGGAGCAUGGACUGCCCUGCUCCUUCUGUGAUCCCAGGUGACAGCUCCAAGAGGGCAGGCAAAGAUGAAAUACCCACCAUUUCCAGUUACGUAGAUAAAAACACAAAGGACAGGUUUCCAGGGUUCUCACACAGAAUAUGGAACCUACCAUAUUAUCACCCAUCUAGUUAAGUUACUUAUAACUAGAGGAGUUUUUAUGACCACCUUAGAACUCUUAAUAUUAAGAAUAAGAAAAAGUGACGUGACUUACAGUUUUUCUUUGUUACAAGGUCAGUAUCCUGUGGAUGUAUCCUAUGUUUUAAAUAGUAUCUUUUUUUUAACUACUCUAAACAUGCUAUGUUUUCAUUGAAUAGUAUGCUUUUAACUAAAAUGUUUCCUAAGUAUUUUGAAAAAAUGUUUGAAGUAUUUUCUUAUACCUCAAACCCACCUCACAGGAACUAAAUCAACUUUAGUAUGAAGUUUGACAAAUUCUGUACAAAACUUAGAUAUUAAGACUUUUAUUCUACAAUAAAGCUAUAUAUAGAAUUAAAUAAAAGAUUAAUGUGAAUC